GAGUGAAUGCGCAAAUAAGGGUUUUCAAGGCGUCAGUGGAAAAGAGGGAGGGGAAGGCAACGCCGAGGAUGUGAGGACAGGGCGGUGGCAUCCCUCUAACGAGAGAGAGCCAGAGCCCUCGGCGGCGAGCAGAGCUAAAACCCGACAGUCCCGGGCCAGAGGAGGCCAAGGCAAGAUGCUGGACGGGCGGGGACCGAUGGGGGGCAGCAGACCAUGGCCGCGCACCCACUCCGCCCUCGGGGCCUCCUCUUGUCCCGAGGAGCACCCCCGCUCCCCGUGUCUUUUGGUUUCGACCGGCCUACUGGGAGGGGCCGUGGGACGCCAUUCCCAUAAUGCUCUGGGGCGUGCCGCCGCCGUCGCUGCCACCUCCCCUACCGCUAGUGGAAGAAGAUGGCGGAAGGCGGAGCGGCGGAUCUGGACACCCAGCGGUCUGACAUCGCGACGCUGCUCAAAACCUCGCUCCGGAAAGGGGACACCUGGUACCUAGUCGAUAGUCGCUGGUUCAAACAGUGGAAAAAAUAUGUUGGCUUUGACAGUUGGGACAAAUACCAGAUGGGAGAUCAAAAUGUGUAUCCUGGACCCAUUGAUAACUCUGGACUUCUCAAAGAUGGUGAUGCCCAGUCACUUAAGGAACAUCUUAUUGAUGAAUUGGAUUACAUACUGUUGCCAACUGAAGGUUGGAAUAAACUUGUCAGCUGGUACACAUUGAUGGAAGGUCAAGAGCCAAUAGCACGAAAGGUGGUUGAACAGGGUAUGUUUGUAAAGCACUGCAAAGUAGAAGUAUAUCUCACAGAAUUGAAGCUUUGUGAAAAUGGAAACAUGAACAAUGUUGUAACUCGAAGAUUUAGCAAAGCUGACACAAUAGAUACAAUUGAAAAGGAAAUAAGAAAAAUCUUCAAUAUUCCAGAUGAAAAGGAGACCAGAUUGUGGAACAAAUACAUGAGUAAUACAUUUGAACCACUGAAUAAACCAGACAGCACCAUUCAGGAUGCUGGUUUAUACCAAGGACAGGUUUUAGUGAUAGAACAGAAAAAUGAAGAUGGAACAUGGCCAAGGGGUCCUUCUACUCCUAAGUCCCCAGGUGCAUCCAAUUUUUCAACUUUACCAAAGAUCUCUCCUUCAUCUCUAUCAAAUAAUUAUAACAACAUGAACAACAGAAAUGUGAAAAACUCAAAUUACUGUCUCCCAUCAUAUACUGCUUAUAAGAACUAUGAUUAUUCAGAACCUGGAAGAAACAAUGAACAGCCAGGCCUCUGUGGCCUAAGUAACUUGGGAAAUACGUGUUUCAUGAACUCAGCUAUUCAGUGUUUGAGCAACACACCUCCACUUACUGAGUAUUUCCUCAAUGAUAAGUAUCAAGAAGAACUGAAUUUUGACAAUCCCUUAGGAAUGAGAGGUGAAAUAGCUAAAUCUUAUGCCGAACUGAUCAAGCAAAUGUGGUCUGGAAAGUUUAGCUACGUUACCCCAAGAGCCUUUAAGACACAGGUAGGACGUUUUGCACCUCAGUUCUCUGGAUAUCAGCAGCAAGACUGUCAAGAACUGUUAGCUUUCCUAUUAGAUGGAUUACAUGAGGAUUUGAAUAGAAUUAGGAAAAAACCAUAUAUACAAUUAAAAGAUGCAGAUGGAAGGCCAGAUAAGGUGGUUGCCGAAGAAGCCUGGGAAAACCAUUUAAAACGAAAUGAUUCUAUCAUAGUAGAUAUAUUUCAUGGCCUUUUCAAAUCAACUUUAGUUUGUCCUGAGUGUGCUAAGAUUUCAGUAACAUUUGAUCCUUUUUGUUACUUGACACUUCCAUUGCCCAUGAAAAAAGAACGCACCUUGGAAGUUUACUUAGUUAGAAUGGAUCCGCUUACCAAACCUAUGCAGUACAAAGUGGUUGUCCCCAAAAUUGGAAACAUAUUAGAUCUUUGUACAGCAUUGUCUGCUUUGUCAGGAAUACCUGCAGAUAAGAUGAUAGUUACUGAUAUAUACAAUCAUAGAUUUCACAGAAUAUUCGCUAUGGAUGAAAACCUUAGUAGUAUUAUGGAACGGGAUGAUAUUUAUGUGUUUGAAAUUAACAUCAAUAGGACAGAAGAUACAGAGCACGUGAUUAUUCCUGUUUGCCUAAGAGAAAAAUUCAGACACUCGAGUUAUACCCACCAUACUGGUUCUUCACUUUUUGGUCAGCCUUUUCUUAUGGCUGUACCACGAAACAAUACUGAAGACAAACUUUAUAAUCUCCUGCUCUUGAGAAUGUGCCGAUAUGUCAAAAUAUCUACUGAAACUGAAGAAACUGAAGGAUCCCUACACUGCUGUAAGGACCAAAAUAUUAAUGGGAAUGGCCCAAAUGGCAUACAUGAAGAAGGCUCACCAAGUGAAAUGGAAACAGAUGAGCCAGAUGAUGAAUCCAGCCAGGAUCAAGAACUUCCCUCAGAGAAUGAAAACAGUCAGUCUGAAGAUUCAGUUGGAGGAGAUAAUGAUUCUGAAAAUGGAUUAUGUACUGAGGACACUUGCAAAGGUCAACUCACGGGACACAAAAAACGAUUGUUUACAUUCCAGUUCAACAACUUAGGCAAUACUGAUAUCAACUACAUCAAAGAUGAUACCAGGCAUAUAAGAUUUGAUGAUAGGCAGCUUAGGCUAGAUGAAAGAUCUUUUCUUGCUUUGGAUUGGGAUCCUGAUUUGAAAAAAAGAUAUUUUGAUGAAAAUGCUGCUGAGGACUUUGAAAAACAUGAAAGUGUGGAGUAUAAACCUCCUAAAAAACCCUUUGUGAAAUUAAAAGAUUGCAUUGAACUUUUUACAACAAAAGAAAAGCUAGGUGCUGAAGAUCCCUGGUAUUGUCCGAAUUGUAAAGAACAUCAGCAAGCCACAAAGAAAUUGGAUUUAUGGUCCCUGCCUCCAGUACUUGUAGUACAUCUCAAGCGAUUUUCUUACAGUCGAUACAUGAGAGACAAGUUGGAUACCUUAGUUGAUUUUCCUAUCAAUGACUUGGAUAUGUCGGAAUUCUUAAUUAAUCCAAAUGCAGGUCCUUGCCGCUAUAAUCUGAUUGCUGUUUCCAACCACUAUGGAGGGAUGGGAGGAGGACACUAUACUGCUUUUGCAAAAAAUAAAGAUGAUGGAAAAUGGUACUAUUUUGAUGACAGUAGUGUCUCCACUGCAUCUGAAGACCAAAUUGUGUCCAAAGCAGCAUAUGUACUCUUCUACCAGAGACAAGACACUUUCAGUGGAACUGGCUUUUUUCCUCUUGACCGAGAAACUAAAGGUGCUUCAGCUGCCACUGGCAUCCCAUUAGAAAGUGAUGAAGAUAGCAAUGAUAAUGACAAUGAUAUAGAAAAUGAAAACUGUAUGCACACUAACUAAUGAAAGUCCUAGAAGCCAUAAAAGAGACACUUUCCUGCUGGUGGUAUCUAUGGAAAUGAUGAAGUUACCCACCACAUUAAAACAAAAGUCUGAGAUGGGGAGUUUCAGAUAACCGAAUGUAAAUCCUUUAUCAGAUUUUAACUUGUGCAGUACUUGAAGUGAAACACAAUGAAAUCUUUAACAGAAAUUGUCUCUUAAUACAUUUACAGUCUUGUAUUUACAAGCUAAAUAUAUAUAGGAAAUCACAAAUAAAUCCCUUUUAAGUUU